CGCUUCUAGCAUACGCAAAAAUCUUUCCGCCAUCUUGGAACGAAGAAAUCAUGUAAACGAUUAUAUUUGAUAGUUUUUGUUUAAUCACUGUUCAUUAAACCCAAUUGUAUGUAAUAUUUAAAGAGCAAAACACAAAACUAAGAUGUCGGCUCAAGAGCAGAUGAGAGCGAUGCUAGAUGAGCUGAUGGGGACUGCCAGGGAUGGGAGCUUUUUCUUGUGCUGUAAUCCAGUCAAAUUUGAAAGGUACAUAUAAUAGAAGAUAUGGGGGCUGGGCAUAAGCAGGAUACAUCUGACAGCUAGCGCAGUGUGUAUGUAAUGAAAUCUGUGAUUCUUAAUUGCCCUUUUUCUUUGCUUUCUUCCAAAGAUGGCCCAUUUCUCUUUGUUUCGUCAAAAUGUCCAAAUUUUGUUCUAGAAACGAUGAAGGCUGCCAGAGGAGAAAGGGAACUCUUAAACUGUGUGUAUUAAGAUUUUACAGGUGCGGGCUUGUGAGUAUUUUGAUCUCUUGUUGAUUCUAUGUGACUAACAAUUUUAGGCGAGAACAGCAAAUACAAGGUGAAGUUUGAUGACGCUCGGGUAUGUAAGAGUUUCCUGCUGGGAUGCUGUCCACAUGAUAUUCUGUCCAGCACGGUACGUACACAUUAACUUAACUCUGCCUCUCCCCCCAAAUUCUGUCAGACCGUUUUUUGGUAUGUAUUGCUGUAAAUUAAAAAAAAAAAAUUAUGUAAAAACAAAAUUAUUGAAUUGAAUUAGAAGAAAGAAAAAAUUAUUGAAAUUUUAUUGAGGAAAAAAAUUACGUAAAUUAUAUGUGAAAAAAAUGUGGUUUGUUAAAUUUAUUUGGGGAAAUGUGAAUCUUAAAAGUUUUGUUACAUUUGCUCCAAGGUAAGUAAAGUGACUUGAUGAGCAUCUGAGUCCAAGAUCAUGUAAGUUGUCACUUGCACAGGAUUAAUGUUAAUUUAUCCAUGAGAAUAAACAUGCUUCACCCUGGAUUGUAGUUUAUGUGUUGAUGCGCUCACGUUAAGUAUGAAGAUUUUAUUGCGAGAUGCCCUGUUCUUGCAGCGAAUGGACCUAGGAGAAUGUCCCAAAAUCCAUGAUUUGGCACUGCGUGCAGACUACGAACAGGCUUCUAGAAGGAAGGAUUACUACUAUGACAUUGAUGCAAUGGAGCAUCUGUCCAGUUUUAUAGCUGAUUGUGACAGGAAAACAGAGUUGGCAAAACGUCGCCUCAAAGAAACACAGGAAGAGCUGAGCGAGGAGGCCAAUGGAAAAGUAGCAGAGAUGAUUCACAAGUUAGGGGAAGAAAUGGGGACGAAACUUGCCAAAGCAGAGGAUCUUGGUGCAGAGGGGUUAGUGGUGGAGUCAUUGCAACUGAUGGAAGAAGUGGAAAAUUUAAAGAAGCAAAAGGCUGCUGCAGAGCAAGAAUACAGAAAUUCUAUGCCAGCAUCCAGUUACCAGCAGCAAAAACUGCGGGUUUGUGAGGUGUGCUCAGCAUACCUGGGAAUCCAUGAUAACGAUAGACGUCUAGCUGAUCACUUCGGUGGAAAACUUCACCUUGGUUUCAUCACAAUUAGAGAAAAGCUAGAAGAAUUAAAGAAAAGCAUUGCUGAUCGGAGAAUGCAAAGAGAAAAGGAAAGAGAGGAACAGAAGCUGAAGCGAGCUGAGAGAGAAAAAGCAGAAGAGGAGGCCAGACUAAACCAAGCACGCAGCAGGAGUCGCAGUCGUAAAAGAACUAGAAGUCGCAGUAGAGACAGAAAACGAAGGUCACGCAGCAGGAGUCGAAGAUCCAGAUCUCGAUCCAGAAGUCGCCACUCAAGAAAACGAUCCAAAAGGUCAAGAUCUAGGUCACGUAGCAGGAGAUCCAGAUCCAGAUCAAGAAGAAGGUCCAGGCGAUCCAGAAGUAGGUCAAGGAGCAGGUCUAGAAAAUCAAGGAGUCGAUCCCGUCACAAACGUCGCCGCCGUUCAAGGUCAAGAUCACACAGCAAGAGGAGCCAAAGCAGAGAAAGGAAGAAAAAUGGUUCCUCCAGGUCCUCAUCAAAAGAGAAAGAAAGCCGCUCCUCAGCAGAAAAAUCUCCGUAAUCAGGUCGAGACAGGAGCCAUAUUUCAUUUGGAAAAAACCAUGUCAAACCACCAAAAUUAUGGACAUGAUUUUACUACAUCUAGUUUCUUAUAUAAUGAAUCCAGAUUGUUGCCAUGUUCAGUCUUUUACCUACAUAAUAAAAUAUGAAUAACAUU